AUGUGGGGAAGUAAAUCAAAUAUGUAUGGUAUGACUGGUGGUAUGCCUGGUGGAAUGUCUGGUGGUAUGCCAGGUGGAAUGUCUGGUGGUAUGCCUGGUGGAAUGUCUGGUGGUAUGCCUGGUGGUAUGACUGGUGGUAUGCCAGGUGGAAUGUCUGGUGGUAUGCCCGGUGGAAUGUCUGGUGGUAUGUCUGGUGGAAUGCAUGGUGGAAUGCCUGGUGGCAUGAGUGGUGGAAUGUCUAGCGGAAUGUAUGGUGGAAUGCCUGGUGGAAUGGCAGAACGUAUGAGCGAUCAAUAUAUUCAAAAGGUUGUUCCUGGAGGACUUAACAGUCCGAUGGGUCAAAUGAUGGAUAACGUGAUGGGUGGCAAUCCAAAUCCAACAUAUGGUCAAAUGUAUGGAAGUACUCCUGGAACGGGUGGUUAUAGUCAUCAACAUAGUGGUGGACAUAAUUAUUAUCGUUAA